AUGACGGAUGGCGGCCAAGACAACGAACUUGCUGCUCUCGAGAAAGUCUUGCUCGACAAAAGUGCGGAUCCUGUCGAUCUGCCUUUCUCGCUUCUCAAGGCAAUCACAGGAAACUUCUCUGAAGAUAAUAAAAUUGGCAGAGGCGGAUUCGGAGCGGUUUACAAGGGCGUCCUUCCAAGUGGUCAUACCAUUGCAGUGAAGAAGCUCUUUGAGCAAUUCGAGAUACUGGACAAGAAUUUCGCAUGUGAGAUCGCCUGCCUUGUUGGGGUCAAGCACAAGAACACGGUGCGAUUCCUCGGAUAUUGCUCCGAGACGCAACACGUGAUGAGGCUGUAUGAGGGGAGGAGUGUCUGGGCAGACGUGCGCCAGAGGUUGCUCUGCUUCGAGUACCUACCCAAAGGGUGCCUUGCUGACUAUCUCUCCGAUGCAUCUUGUCGACUCCAGUGGACCACAUGUUACCAAAUAAUAAAGGGGAUCUGUGAGGGCAUACAUUAUCUUCACCAACAGCGUAUUAUUCACAUGGACCUCAACCCUCAGAAUGUACUAUUGGAUAAUAACAUGGUGCCUAGAAUUGCGGAUUUCGGUCUAUCACGGCGCUUAAGUGGAAGCCAGAGUCGGGCUAUUACUGAUCACAAGCUUGGGACAAUGGGACAUAUGGCACCAGAAUUCUUGAAUAAUGGAGAAAUCACUUUCAAGACAGACAUAUAUAAUUUAGGUGUUAUAAUCAUGAAGAUCCUUAUGGGACAUAAGGAGAGCUCCAGUGUUAAGGAGGCAGUUGAAAGCUGGACGGACAUGUUUGGGACAUCAAAUAAUCACACAUCAUUGGAGCAAGUAAAGGCAUGUGCCAAGAUAGGGAUAGAAUGUACAAACUAUUACCCAGGAAACAGGCCGGCUACAUGGUUUAUCAUCCGUGGAAUACUGGGUGAUGUGGGAAUUUCAAAUUGGUCUAUUACAGGUGAUGUAGGUACCUCAACAGAAGGGCAGAUAAGCAUUGCCUCCAAGCUGGCGGAUGAGUUGAAAUUAAUGGAUGGUUCUGCUGUUACACCAUCAAAACUGCCACCAUCAACAUUGGAGGUGGAGCAGGACGAUGGCAAAUUGAGCCAGGAGAGGAAGAGGAAGGCAUCAAACGUGAGUGUGGCGUCUAGGGUGAUGAGCAUCCUCCAUGAUAAGCUUCUCGAAGCUAGUGGAUGA